CAUACUUAGUGCAUUGCAUGCAAUAAACCAAGAGAAAUUAUUAUUUUUUUACUUAAAAAUGGAUAUUGGCAUGAUGUUUUUAAAUAUGAGCCUUACACUAUGGUAUGCCUUUUUAAACUUUAUGGUCCUUGGACCUACGAUAAUAGCUUAUUUAUUGAAUUUCAUUUAUCUAAGUAUUUUAAAUCUUUAUUUGAAAGUUAAAAUUGGUAAGGCUUAUGGAGGAUUACUGAAGUAUAAAGAUGUGUUAUUUUUUCUUCCUGAUACAUCAAGAUACUGUAUUGUUUCCGUUAUUUUUAUUCGCUGCAGUGAAGAAAUUAAUAUAAUGAAGAAAAUUAAGGACUGUUUACAAGAAAAGGUGUUUGAUCAUCCAGAUCGAUAUCCCAAAUUAACAAGCACAUAUCAUCAAUUUGGAGGUUUUGUUUAUCGAAAAAGGUGUCAAUGUAAUCCUAAUGAUGUUCUACGUACUAUACCAGUGGAAGAUGAUCAAGAAAUCACUGAAGACUAUCUGAAGCGAUAUGCCGCUAAAGUAAUGAACGCCAAAUUCGGAAAAAAUGAUACUUUACUAUGGGAAAUACAGAUUGCCGAUCGUCCUAUGAGAGAUAAAUUAAAUGGCGAUUACAUAUAUCCAGUAAUCAAAAGGUUCCAUCAUGCAAUUGCCGAUGGAACUUCUUUAGUCUCCUGGGAGAUACAAGUGUUUGGAGGGCAGUCUGUAAAUGAAAAUUAUAAUGAGCAACUGUUUGGUAAACUAUUAAAUAACCAAGAAACAAAAGAAAAAAGGAAAGCCGAUAUAAUAAAAUCACUAAAGCAAAUAUUUGGAGGAAUCCUUCUACAUCUAGAAAUCCUUUUUAUAUCAUAUGGAAGAUUACUUACACAAUAUUAUUUCAAGCCAAAAGAUAAAAAUGCAUUAAUGAGUGAACACUUACGCGAAAAAGUAUGUGUAUGGACCUGCGAAGAAAAAGUAGAAUGCAUACCACUGGUAAAAAAUAUCAAAAACAACGAGAACACUAAAUUCAGUUGUGUAGUCCUUACUGCUAUUGCUGCAAGUUUCUCCCAGUAUUUCAAGAGGAACAAUUUUCCGAUUCCAAAUAAUAUGUCUGGGUAUAUAGUAGCUCUAUUAGAACCUCCAGACGUAGAUUUGACCAAGCCUAUAGAUUUAACAAAUAACAUGGUAGCACCACCCUUUGAAUUACCAAUGGUUCAGGAAUCCACAAAUUUACUGGAUACAUUAAAAUUGAUCUCAAAGAGGUGGCAUAGUAAGAAACGAAUCGCGGAUUCAAUGCUUUUAAACUAUAUUAGAAAAUAUGCCACUCCUGUACAUUUACAAUUACUAAAAUUGUAUGUAACCUUUGAAUCUAGUACUUAUUUGCUUACUAAUGUACCUGGUGGUUCAAUGGAAGAAACUCAAGAUAAAUGGAUUUAUGAUAAAAUAAUUGCUAUAGCUCCUCAUGUCUUAGGCAUUAGUGUGAGUAUUUCAAUUGUCAGUUAUAACAAUAAGUUUCAAAUAGGACUGAUGGUAGAUAAGUCGAUAGUUAAAUCCCAAGAGGAAAUUCAACAAAUUUCUGAUGAUAUAUUGCUUAACAUUAAAUUGCUAUAUAAGCAAAUGAAUGCAGCCGCUAAGUAAGUUUCGGUAUAGAAAUGUAUAUAGAAGAAAAAUAAAAAGUAUUGCUAAAAGAGA